AUGGGGUACAUCUUCCCCAGCAGAGGAAGCGCCACGGAGCGCCGCAUGGACCCCGCAGAGGAAGCGCGGCACCGGGAGGUGAUGGACGGCAUGGGCGUGUACGAUGCCCAGUGGGCGCUGUCGAAGGUGGCGGAGCAGUCGGACGUCCAGCCCGGGCAGAACCGGCUUCUGCUCACCAAGGACACGGUGCGCGGCGGCUCUAUCCCCGAGGUCUUCCCGGAGCUGGUGAAGCUCCGCGAGGACGGCCUGAGCGCCGAGGUCAAGGUCCCCGUCAUGGUCCUCGACGGGGAGGGCCGGGAGUAUGCCGUGAACCUCCGGUACCUCAACUCCAACAAGGCAUACCGGGUCAUGGGGCCCCCCUGGAGGUUGUUCGUGCAGGAGAGCGGCAUGUCCAGGGGCGACCGCCUCGAUCUCUACACGUGCAGGCGCGGCGACGGCCAACGCUGCCUCUUCGCGUUCAUCGCCAAGGGUGCCGGUGGUAGUCCCCGGAGCGACGACGGACGUGGAAUUUUGCAUCAGAAUCCAUACACGUUCCAUUGA